AUGCCGGGCUCCCGGGAGCCCUUCCCCGGCCUGCCCCCGGAGACCAGCCCUGUGGCUCCGUCCCUGGAGCUGGAGCGGCGCCUGGCCAGGCACUGCCACCGCAGCCCCCGCACCCCCAGCCAGAGCCGGGCGGAGCCGCAGGCCUGUCGGAAGCUGGGCAUCGCCUGCGCCAUCUGCUUCGUCUUCAUGAUCGGCGAGGUUGUCGGCGGGUACCUGGCGCACAGCCUGGCCAUCAUGACUGAUGCUGCCCAUCUGCUGGCGGACGUGGGCAGCAUGUCGGUCAGCCUCUUCUCCCUGUGGGUCUCCGCCAGGCCGCCCACCAAGACCAUGACCUUCGGCUGGCACCGCUCAGAGACGCUGGGCGCCCUGGCCUCGGUGCUGUCCAUCUGGGUCGUGACCGGUGUCCUGGUGUACCUGGCCUCAGCCCGCAUCAUCAGCAACGACUACGAGAUCGACGCACGUGCCAUGCUGGUCACCUCCGCCUGCGCCGUGGGCAUCAACGUCAUCAUGGCCUACAUCCUGCACCAGUCGGUCACGGGCCACGGCCACGCCCGGGGCUACGAGAAGAUGGAGGAGAGUCCUGGCUGCUGCGCGCCACCCGGGGGCCCCCCGCCCGGCAGCACCAGCGUCCGCGCCGCCUUCGUGCAUGUGGUGGGGGACCUGCUGCAAAGCCUCGGGGUGCUGACAGCUGCCACCGUCAUCUACGUGGAGCCCCGGUACAAGAUCGCAGACCCCGUCAGCACCUUCCUCUUCUCCGUCUUCGUGCUGGGCUCCACCGUCACCAUCCUCAGGGACGUCUUCCGGGUCCUCAUGGAAGUGCUCGACCUGCUGACCAGGGCAUGCUUGGCUGGCCUGAGCAAGGUGGACGGGUCCAAGGGAAUGCGCUGA